CAUCACGUUCAGUAUGAUCGACAAACCACUCUAUACACGACAUCUGUACGUACAGUCAACGACUUUCUUCUCUUGCGGUUAACGUUCACACGCUAUCUCUGUCAGCUAUAAAAGUUAGCAGCUGCAGAACUUCAGUUCAUUAAACAUGAACUUGUCGUCAUUAUCCAACAUCUAAUACACGAAUUUGCUUUGGCUACUAAAAUUCAGAGUUCCUUCUUUGGUGACUUGGACGCACUCGUGUAUAGGCCAGUAAUUACUUCCACAAGUUUUGUCCAUCUGCUCUUUAUCUGCAAAAGAAUAAAACAACUUCACUUGCUGGGUCAAGUCUUCUAACCUACUACAGAAAAGUACGCAGCUCACACAAUGCGAUUAGGAGCAUUUUCGGCAAUCCUUUAUGGGUUUCCAAUGGCGGUUCUACUUGUUCAGUGUGCGGUGUUAACGACGGCUCAGAUACUGUCAGGUCCUUCGACGCCAAGGGGCCCAUCAUCGCGCCGUGGACGUCCUGCCAUCCGCGGUGACCUGGGGCCGCCAGGAACCAGGACAGCUACUCCAAUCGAUGUUACGACCAUCACGAUAAAUAACACCACGGUGGGCUUGUGCAAAUACAAGCACUUCUGCCGUAGCCUUGGGUGUCAGUCACGAAACGACACACGGCCCUCACUUUGUCAUUGUGAUCCAGAGUGCGUCAUAUAUGACGACUGUUGCUACGACUACACGGAGACAUGUGGUCGGGAAUCCCAAGAAGCCGAUUCUUUGUGGCAAAACGAAACACAAAAAGAGAUGGAGAAUCUAUCCUGUGUUUCUCCAAACAAAAACGCGGAAAGCUACUACCUCGUCAGCACUUGUCCUAGCGAUACUACCGACAUCCAGACGGCUGUUCUAUGUCGGAAUCCAGACCCUCACGAUAGCUUGUCUGUGAUUCCUUCCUACAGCCAAAACAGCAGAAGGCAUUUCAAGAAUAUCUACUGCGCCCUCUGUCAUGGGGAAGCACUAAUGGACUUGGUCGCUUGGGAAAUUGUCGUGGAAUGCCGAACUUUACUCUUAAACCGCAGAGCAACCUCACUCUUGCAAACCUCAAUCUCAAAUGUCCGAAGAGUAGAAAGAGAACUAGGUUGUGAUAUAAUGAUCCAACCCCCGAAUAGGGACGAGGUAACUGUGCGGCCACGACACUGUUACUCGGAUGUUAUACGUCAUUGCGUGGCGCCUCAACUUCGUGAGGCGUGCGAGGCAUACACGGCAUACACGACGGUGGCUGGUCCUGGUCCAAACAGUAAUAAAGUGUUCCAGAAUCCACACUGUGCCCUGUGUAACGUACCCAACGGGCCCGACAGGUUAGACUACGCCACAGACUGUCGGCAAGAGUUAACAUUACCGGUCUUUUAUCCAAAUGUACCGGUUGGUACGUUUCCACCGAGACCUAGACCGGGACGACCGGGUGAGCCGGAUGAAGGAGGAGACAAGGGUUCACCAGGCAUUCCAGGUGUAGGAGGUCCAACUGAACCGGAUCGUCCCAUUGAACCACCACCACCAGAAGAAAUACCCCCCAUCUCAGUCCUCUUUGAUUUCCGCUCCGAUAGCAGAGUGAAGAUAGUUCGAAAUAGGGAGGUAUUGGUGUCAGAGAUAGUCCAAUGUCCUCCAAAUGAAGUCUACGAUCCUUUUAUUUCAAGUUGUCGUAGAUUGUCCUGCCCAGAUGGCUAUCUUCUUAAGGAUAACAAGUGUGCCCCCGACUUUAAGACCUUGGGAAAGGCUUGUGAUGGGGACAGUGGAGGUGACGGUGACAUUGUCAUGGAAGUGUCAGUCAGUUUGGAGGAGCAUUGUCAGGACAGUCUGUUAAAUGGUGGGGAUUCCCUCCUAACUGGAGACUUGCAGCUGUGUCUUGAAGAAUUCCUUGGACUUGAGCAACGAUCCUUACAAUUUGGAUCUUCCACUCCAGCACUGGCCAAUGUAACCCCUGUACCGACUUUCAAUUGCACUAGUACUGCCCAGUAUUCUUUCUCUGUCAACACAACUGGGGAAACAUUGAUGGACUUUCGUGGCAUCUCCAAAUUAUCUCUUCCAGAUUCGUCACUUUGCCAAACAAUCGCCUCCCGCGAGACAUGGUUUAUAGAGUUCCGCCAGACUUGUCAAAGCCUUCCUAUAGACAAAUGUACCGGGAUCUGGCUUAACGACACUACCUUUUCCAUUCCUGCCGAAAAUGGUACAACGCUGAUCUACAUUAAUGCAUCUGAAUCUUGGUUCACUUUGAAUCAAACAAUAAUACGGGCCAACUUCCAAAGAAGGGAAGAUGUGUUCGAGCAAUUCACUGAUAUCCAGAUCUGUGCUGAACCAAAGUUAACCUGCCCUCGCGUGAGACUAAACUCAACACUUUUCGAAGCAGAUGAAAAUAACCCAGGCUCAAUCAUUUACACGCCGAUAGGAAAACUUUUUCAGAUGGACGAGUUCAUCAGAACAGAAAAUGGAGACAUAGAGGUGUGCUCUUUUUAUGAAAUUAACGGCACUAGAAACGGCACCAAGACAGCGACUUUCUUAGUGUUUUCACAAGCUCAAACGGUUCUAAGUCUGAUUGCCAACAUCAUCUCCAUGACAGCAGCAUUAGUUACUUUCACUACAUACUGCGUCUUCAAGGAGCUCCGAAAGCGCAUCAGUCUGGCAAUCAUGUCUCUGGUUGCCUGUCUCUUUCUGGCGCAGCUCCUCCUUCUUGUCAGUGGCUCUGCAACGAGCAACCCGUCAGCUUGCACCACGGUGGCUGUCCUCGGUCACUUCUUGUGGCUGGCAACGGUACUCUGGACGGGAGUCUUGGCUUUUGCUCUGAACCGAGUUUUUGUUUCCAUCUCUAAAAUCCGGAGACUUGACGUCGAUUUGAGAGUUUACUUUUCUCAGGGGAUCUUCGUGUUUGGAGGAGCCUUUCUUGUAGUUCUCCCAUGCUUGGUGAUCCACCUGUGUGACUGCACAGAUAUUCCCCUCUCGUACGGUAAUGAGAAUGUCUGUUGGAUCGGCAAUAAUAACGUCAAUCUGGUAGCCUUUGGUGUUCCCAUAGGCUUGACGGUGCUUGUGAAUAGUGUUCUGUUUAUCUUAACUAUCCACGGGAUGCGUAAUUCAAAGAAGAUGACCAAUGUAGUCACGGAAAAGACAGAACUGCAAAAGUUGAAACAAGAGCUGGUCGUGUACAUAAGGAUCUCCAGCCUGAUGGGUUUCACGUGGAUCUUCGGCUUUGUAGCGGCAUUCACCGACGUCGUCGCUCUCUGGUACAUCUUUAUCAUCCUCAACUCCUGCCAGGGUCUUCUCAUCUUCCUCUCGUUCAUCUGCAACAAGAGAGUCUGGCGUCUCUGGACGAACCUCCUCUGCGGUGGUAGACAGAGGCCGACAGGGGCGGGCCCCACGUCCACGACACCGUCAUCUCAACAGAUGACAAUGAAGCCGAAAAGUACAGGCACUUUGAUGUCAAGUGCCAGUCAAGUUUAGCAACGACGGAAGUUUCAUCAACUCCGUAACUUUAGCCGUGAUAGAAAUCCCCGAAAAAAACCAUCAGCUCUGGUGGAAGUGACGUCCAUGAGGUCAAGCUUGUAAACAGAGUUUUAAUAUUUUAUAUUUUCAUGUAAAUUACACUAUUGGCCCGGACUUAAAUGGAAGUCGGAUCGGGACUUGGCUUGAUCCGUCGGAUUUCAGCUUUUUCAGACAAACACUUAAGGGAUCCAUGCAGUGAUUUUUUUCUUAGACUCACUUUUUGUACAUGUAUAUCCUUUUAAAUUCUUUUUCAAUAUAUGAAAAUUAU